CUUUCCAGGAUGCCACGAGAGCUCGUGCUACAGAUAGCCAAGUCUUUACCAACUGAGAGCAGCUAUUGUCUAGCACUCACCACGAGAAGCCUACUCUACGAUCCAGAGAUACGGAUUCUUGGUGGUCUGGAUACCGAGCGGACCGAACAUCACCGUCGCAGACUGCUGCCCUUGUUAGCCAAAGACUGGCCUGACAAGACCUUUUGCGAUUACUGCGCCAAAUUACACCCUCACAGAGACACACCCAAAGUAUGCAAGGACUGGCAGCGUUGGUCAUCUUGCCCUCGUAAAACAUUAGGCAUGUGGCUCCAUCUGGACCCUUGGGACUACCAUAUACAGUUCGAGGAUGUCUACAAGGUUAUGGAAAGCCAUCGCUCGGAGGCCAUGGAUUACAAGGAUAUGGAUGCUCUGGACUGCAAGAUAGAUCGACUCACUGAAUCUCACGAAGGAGUCAGAAAUCUGGAAAAACGCGCGAACAUCAACAAGGGAUGCUUGAAAAAGCUGGAUGUUGUGCCUCUGAUACUGGACGACUCCUUGAUCAUGACAACCACGCAGCGAAUGUUCUACCAGGCCGAACAGCGCGAUGAUUUGCUCAAGAACAGCAUCAGGCGGCAUGUCUUCAGGCCUUGUUCACAUUGGGAUUGGACGCCUGGAGAACCGGACGGUCCUCGCUGGUCGCUCAUGUCCAGUGUAGAAGAAUACAUCACUCAAAUCCUCCAUACGAAGACCACUCCACGCUCGAACAAAGAUAAUUUGUGUCUCUAUGUACAGAGUUUCGCUCCAAGUAAGUGCUAUAACUGCUCGACAGAGUACAGCUUCCGCGUCUGGAACCACGGUAAUCUCGGGAUCGAACUUUGCCUGGAGACCUGGACAAAGCUAGGCUCUUGUAGAAGAACCGGAGAGUUAUGGUGGCUCACUGCUGCACACCACACAUGCGACACAUAUAGUCGCGACCACUGUGCAGAGAUGCAACGGCGACUUCCAUUGUGA